UUUCAUUCCGCUCGCGCGUUUGUUUUCCCUUUCGCGGCUUCCGGCAUCCUAGACUCUCGGCUACUGCUGUUGUGCUGCCGCCACCGCUUCACGGUACAGACUGAUCUCCCUCCCGUUUGAACUGCAGCCCGACACAGACACGACAUUGAAUCGCGUUACGGAUACCGAUGGCAGGCGGUUGAUUGUAGGCGGCUAGACCCUGCAAAUUCCCGCAUCGACCUGCAGGAAACUCAUUCACGCCGCAGAAAUUUUCGACAGCUGUUUUCUUUUCAUUUCAUUUCUUUCCUUUUUUUUUUUUUUUUUUACACUUUUUGGUCCCAACUGCCCGAAAGCGUUUGAAUGGUCGGUAUUGCAAGUUUCUGUUCUGUCUCCGUCCGUUUUUCUUAUUCCGUCCUCCUGUCUUGUUCAUACCGUCCGCCUUUCUGCCUAGCACUUUGGCGAUUGCCUUAUUCUUCCUAGUCUUGUUAUGCGUGUCAUCUUUUCCAGAGUGAUAUCCGUUCCGCUCGAGGGCGCAACUCUGUAGCUGCGGCAGCCGACAGUUUUUUUUUUUAGAAGAGGCCGGCCUGAAACAAGAAACGAAAACCUUGGUUCACUCGGUUUGGUUCUCCUUGCACAGCAUCGUGGGUGCACAGCAAGCAUCUCUAGAUGUCUUUGUUGCCUCGCGAUGCUUCCUCAUGCCACCAUUAGACGGUUCGCCGACAUACUUGAAUCAGCAACUCGCAAGCCCUCUCUUCGAUCCUUCACAUAUAAAUUUAUAUUCACCGACAAAGUAUAGCAGCCACCUUCAAAUUCAACGGGGCAAAGGCACGACUGACUUCUAUUCUCCUCUUGGAUGAUGAUUGUGGGCGCUGGUUGAGCUACUCUAAUCUUUGUUGAGAAUGAUGCGAGGACCUGCUCAAAAUGGCCUUGGUUCGACGCUUACGUUUGGCUUGGAGGUGGAGUUCUUCGCUGCAAUGAAGGCAACGACCUUCAACCGUUUUCCAAAUGCUACCAUUGCAAGCCUCCUGGGGGACCGCCUUCGUCUCGUCCGCCUCCAUGGGCCUGACGGUACCGGUGUUGGGAUACGGGUGGAAGAUGACGACGACGACGACUCAUCCAACAGCGAUGCUAUCGAUUACUCCUUUUGGAACUUGACCACGGACAAGACAGCUGCUCCGAAUUAUCCAGAGUGGUUCGAAUGCUACGAAACCCAGCCGAUUGAGAUCAUAUCACCUCCCUAUCGAAUAUACUCGCCCCUGUGGGAACAUGACAUCCAGCGAAUUUUCAAUUCUCGAUCUGGUCAAUACAAUCCAAUCCCUUGGAGAGAGCUCCGCAUGUACUUCGAGCAAAACAGCACCACCGGUCUUCAUGUGCACAUCGGCAACGGUACGGACCCGGAUUCGGCUUUCUCCUUCCAUACGGUUCGCAACCUCGCAAUGAUACUGCUCGUAUAUGAACCGGAACUAGACAAGUUGCUCGACACGUCGCCCUCGUGGAAUCGAAUGCUGAAUGAGCCGGUAUAUAUGCAAUGCAUCACGUCAGUCAACAGCCCGCAUUUUCAACCUCCAAACCUCCCGCCAAAGUCACCUAGGGCACUCAUGGCUCUUCAUCUUCUCAACACUUGCCCCGAUAUCAAAUCGAUCAUUAACGUGAUGAACCCUCGGCUUCCAGCUCCCUCCAAUCCAAGAGAUGCUCGUUAUUACAAGUAUAAUUUUACUCCACUUCUGGAUUCCCUGGAUGCACCUGCUCGCAACAUAAUUAACCAUGAUGACAACAAUAAUGAUAAUAUAUUCCCUAAACGAAAACUUCCCACGAUCGAAUUCCGUCAGCAGCCAGGCACUCUAGACCCGGACACGAUGGUUCACUGGAUCAGAUUCUUAGGAGCUAUGGUUGAUUUUUCGGGGAGGAUAGGCAUUCAGACUCUGAUAGAGUUCUUAGGUCUUGAAGAAUGGCGCUUGGACGGCGCCAAUCCCGCCACGGCUGGAUCUGACAGCGAAGAUCCUCCCAGUCCCACUUAUACACAACAUGUACCGACGUAUUCGACAGCUUCUCCGCCUUCUCUCUCCGCAUUCUCCCUACUCUCCGGCUUGCAGCCCGUGGGGUCGCUCUCUCGGCUCUUAACUGCUAUGGAAACGGCUCAUAUCCCUCUUGACCCUGACACGACGCGAUUUUGGCGUCGAAAGUACGCACAAAUACAGUCGUUGAAUAAAAGUCCACCACAGAAUACUAGACGAAACAAUGCCCAGAGCUACAAUCUGUAA